CUGGCAGACAAGUACGGACCCUAUGUGAAGCCUGAGCACAGCUGCAAAGGCAUGGGCGCCACUUCUAAAAAAAAUGUAGCCAGCGGUGCUACAGCGGUGAUCCGACUGGUGCGCGCCAAUGGCCAAAUCCUCGCUGUGAAAGAAUUCAAGAAACGUGACAAGAGCGAAUCGGAAUGUGAUUACAAUAAGCGGAUGCAGAACGAAUACUGCAUCAGCAAGACCGUUUCUGGUCAUACAAAUGUGAUUGACACGCUAGAUCUCGUGAAAGACGAGCACGAUCGAUGGUGUGCUGUUAUGGAAUACUGCUCUGGGGGCGAUCUCUUCAACCUCCUGCAAGAACGACCCUCCAUGUCGCUCAACGAACAAGGCUGCUUGUUCAAACAACUCUUACUGGGUCUACAGCACAUCCAUCAACUCGGCAUCGCGCACCGCGAUAUCAAGCCUGAGAAUCUUGUUCUUUCACAGGGUGGAACGCUCAAGGUUGCCGACUUUGGCACGGCAGAUGUCGUACAGAGCUGCUUCGAGUCUGGCUCUCGUCCUUCCCACAAAUGGUGCGGCUCUGAACCCUUCUGGUCUCCUGAAAUGUGGCAGCUCAAAGACGAGAACGAUGGCUACGACGGCCGUGCAUUCGACGUAUGGAGCGCAGCCGUCACUUACUUUUGCAUCCGCACCCAAAUGUUGCCGUUCCGUGCAGCGUUUUAUCGCGCUAAACCUGUGAACGGUGCAAAGCCCGGCUCGCCGGCUGAUGUGGCCGCUCAUGCCAAAGAUGGCGGCGACGAGGAGUUCGGUCUGUACUGCCAACAGCGCCACGAUAACAGCAACCACCUAGAAUGCCAGGUCUUUAAAGAUCUCACUGCGCCAGAAAUUGAAUGUCUGUCCGGUAUGCUCGACCCUAACCCAGACACGCGAUAUACCGUUGCUCAGGCACUAGAGACUCCGUGGAUGAAGUCCAUGGAAAUGUGCAACGAC